UAGAGCCAUUAGCAAAUUUCUCCUAUAUAAAUGGCUUAGUUUCUCCAACUCUUGAGAACUCAAAACACAAAUACUAAGAACUAACAAUGGCAAAAAGCAAGGUUCUUGUUGUAGGUGGCACUGGUUAUAUUGGCAAGAGGAUUGUAAAAGCUAGCUUAGCUCAGGGACAUACAACGUAUGUCUUGCAGCGGCCGGAGAUCGGCCUCGACAUCGACAAACUACAGAUGUUGUUGUCGUUCAAAGAGCAAGGUGCUCGACUUGUCGAGGCCUCGUUCUCCGACCACCGGAGCCUUGUGGAGGCUGUCAAACAGGUGGAUGUUGUUAUAUGCACAAUGUCUGGUGUGCAUUUCAGAAGUCAUAAUAUCUUGUUGCAACUCAAGUUGGUUGAUGCCAUUAAAGAAGCUGGAAAUAUUAAGGUAUAUAUUGUUCAAAUUCUCUUGAUGUUAAAGUUCAUUCUUCGGUAGAAAUUUACAUAGAUCGUAAUCAAAUUAUACACAGACUGGCACGUAAUCCACCAGAAAAUUACAUUUUUCCAUAUAUCUUCAGUCUCGAGAAUCAAUCCGUCUCAGAAGACUCGAUUAGGCUUAUUAAUCGAAAAUUACGUACCAAAAAUUACGUCAUAACUGCCAUCUGGUUUAUAAAGACUUCAAAAAAUAUUUUGUGAUAUACUAGUUACGAGUAAAUUGUAUCUCAUAUUUAAUUUUGUAAAAACAAAGUGUGUGUGUGUCUCUGUGUGUUUGUGUGAGUGUGUGUAUCCAUAU